UCUCUCCGCAAGUCGCCGUCUCAUCACGAAGGUCAAGCCAUUUUUUCCCGACAGACGGCGACGAAGGGCAGGAGGGUCAGGAACUGCUCAUGACGGAGGCCGAAGACCCUCGUAGCCUCAUCACCGCGACCCACAUCCAGGCGGCGCUGACGAAGAACCAAGGCCAAGAUGCUCGCCUCAUCUCCUGGAAGCUCGAAGACUUCACCAAAAAGGGCGACAACUACGCCUCCUUCGUCACCUCCGUCAGGGUUCACUUCAGCCUCGGGGGAUCCUCCUCGAAGGAAGAAGUGUCCUACGUCGCGAAGACGAAUCCUCGGAGGAGAGUCAAGGCGCUGGAGGCCAUGAUGGGGUCUCACUUCCGGCGGGAGGAGAUGUUCUACGGGGUCCUGGCGCCGGUGCUGGACGGGCGGUUGCAGCGGCAGGGGCGAGGCAGGCUGAGAGUGCCGCAGUGCCACCACAGUUCCCUGGAGGAGUCUCGAGAAAUACUCCUACUAGAGGACCUCAGGACCCGCGCCUUCAGGAUGCACGACCGUCGCAAGGGCCUGGACUUGCCUCACGCCCUUCUGGUGAUGGAGGAGAUCGCCCGGUUACACGCAGCCUCGCAUCUCCUGCAGAAGGCGCUGUCGCCGGAACUUCUCGCCGAGAGGUACCCCCCCUUCGGCAGGAGGUGGAUGGAGGAGGCGCCCGAGAGAGAGGUCUUCUCCGUCCUCUUCGCCGGUCAGCUGGAGGGCGCGGCGGUCCUGGCGGAGAAGGUGCUGGUCGGGAGGGCACAAGUCGGUGCAUCUCCUGGAGUUGUUUAGUUGUUUGUCUAGUACGCUUGUCUGAUUGUUUGUGCGUUGCGUGAAGCGUUGGGUAACUGGGUAAACACGGAUUUUCUUUCUUUCUUUCCCUGGCUUUAUUCACCUU